AUGGCGUGGGAACACCUGUCUAUCACUAGGCCCCAUUUGGUCUACCUUAUCCUCGGCGGCUUCACCUCCCUCUUCAUGCUUUGCUCCACGAUAAUAAAGGAACGCAUGUAUAUUGGUGAGGCCACCGUCGCUACCAUUUGCGGCAUUAUUUUCGGACCUUAUGCUGCCAACCUCAUCAACCCGGGCUCCUGGGGGAACGUCGACCUUGUUACCCUGGAAUUCUCGCGCAUCGUCCUCGUUGUCCAAUGCUUCGCCAUAGGGGUCGAACUGCCCAAAUAUUACAUGGAACGUCACUGGAAGUCCGUUAUAUUCCUGCUGCUACCCGUCAUGACCUAUGGCUGGCUUAUCGUCAGUCUCUUUAUUUGGUGGCUGAUCCCCCCUCUGGACUGGCUCGGGAGCCUUGUUGUCGCCGCCUGUGUCACCGCCACCGACCCCGUCCUCGCGUCUUCCGUCGUCGGCAAGGGGAAGUUUGCCAGGAGAGUACCCAAGCAUCUACGCGACCUCCUGUCCGCCGAAUCCGGCUGCAACGACGGCAUGGCUUUUCCCUUUGUCUACCUAGCCGUCUACAUCCUACAGGCACACAUGGAUGCACGCGAGACCGUCUUCCACUGGUUCGUCUAUACCAUCUUGUACGAGUGCAUCUUCGGAGCCAUCUUUGGCUUCGUUGUCGGCUACCUUGCCCGCCACGCCAUCAAGUUCUCCGAAUCCCGCGACCUCAUUGACCGCGAGAGCUUUCUCGUCUUCUACUUCGUCCUGGCUCUCUUCUGCGCCGGUGCCGGGAGCCUGCUCGGUAUGGAUGACCUACUGAUUGGCUUUGCCGCCGGCGUCGGCUUCUCCAACGACGGCUGGUUCUACGAAAAGACGGAAGAAUCCCACGUGUCCAACGUCAUCGACUUGCUCAUCAACUUGACUUACUUCGUCUAUCUCGGGACCAUCAUCCCCUGGCGCCAGUACAACGAUGUCGCCCGGGGACUCGCCGCCUGGCGCCUGGUCGUCCUCGCCAUUCUAGUAAUCCUCUUCCGCCGCCUCCCCAUCAUGAUGGCCCUGAAACAGUUUAUACCCGACGUGAAGACCUGGCGAGAGGCUAUGUUCGCCGGCCAUUUCGGUCCCAUCGGCGUCGGCGCCAUCUUCAUCGCCAUCCUUGCCCGUGCCGAGCUCGCCUACGAGACUGCCGUCCCCCUCUCCGAUAGACCCCCGCAGGACAUUGAGCAUUACACCCUCGUCUCGCUCAUCUGGCCCAUCGUCACCUUUAUCGUCAUCUCAUCUAUCAUCGUCCACGGCUCGUCCAUCGCCGUUUUCACCCUGGGCAAGCGCAUCAACACCCUUAACCUGACCAUGUCGUACACCACAUCUCCGGACGAGGGUCCCUCGUGGAUGAGCCGCCUGCCCCGCAUCUCGUCGCAGUCGAAAUCGCAGUCGAAAUCGCAGCCGCCGCCUUCCACCUCCACAUUGCAGGAGGACCUCGACAUCCCCGAUUUGCCUCCGGGAACGCUGCCUCCCAUCGGCUUGCCGAGACAUUUCCUUCGACGACAGGUCGAGGCCGAGGGUCCAGAAGAGAGCGCUCGGACACGGUCACAGUCACCCUGGGGAAGACGGCGGUCUCGACAUCCAGAUGCCGGACCCGGCGGUCCUAUCUCCCCAUCUGCCGUUUUCCCGACGCAUAGGGAUGGAGACGCAGCUAUACCGACUGACGACGGAGGAGAGCCCUCUACUCCUGGCGCCGCCUCCUCCGGGAGGGCAGAGAUAAUUCCAAGAGAGGAUGCCGUCGAGCGGCUGUCCGAGAUGACGCCGGUAAGUCCGACACCGACGGAGCCCUCACAGCACAUACAGGUCUACCAGGAAGGUAGAGGAGGCAUUUUCGUCGAAAACGAAGAAGGAGAUGUCCUCGCCCUCGAACAAGUACCGGGACAUGAUGGAGAUCAUCACGACAAACCGGAACCAGGGCUAUCUCGUUGGCAGUCGCUCAAGAGGGGGUUUAGCAAUGUCUGUACGCAAGAGAGAGAGAAGCGCAGGCUCAAAGAUGCCGCCGAGAGGAAACACAAGCCGGCGAGAGCUUUUCAGUUUGGAAAUACGAUUGUUAUUGAAGAUGAGGCAGGGGAGGUUCUUAAGACGUACGAACUGCAGCCGCCGGAAGAGAAGCAAGGUCCCGAUCUGAUAGGACAAUGUCGGAAGUAUCUAGGUAUCGGAGGACCAUCUACUCGACUGCCGAGGCAGCAAGAGUCAACAGCCGAAUCCAGUGCGGCGGUCAAGCGCACAGCCAGCAGGACGGGAUGGUUCCACGGAAGCGGCGAUGCAAAAAACGACGAUGGUCAGAAGGAGAAGAAGAAGACGGCCGACGGGCAGAAUACGGACAAUAAGCAUGUCCGGUUCACGAUUGGCCAGACCGGGAAACGCAUGACAGAAAGGGAUUUCAUCCUCGAGGUGCAGAAGCUGGACCCCAAGACUCGGCGCGAGGUAGUGGCGCAGUCCUCGGCGUCUCAGCCCGUCAAGGCCAUCGCGAGUCGGGAUCUGUCUGAGCUAGUCGCGAAUAGUACACCGUCGCCAAAGCUGCAUGCAGCAAAACGGCCACUACAGGAAAUGCGAGAAGGGUCAGACGGGACACAGAACGAGUCGCAGGAUCAGAAGGAAACCCGUAGGAAGGGGAAACAGCGUGAUACACCUGCUAGACCGUUUACCGGACCCAGCGCCGACAACGCCGAUAACACGGAAGAGACAUCGGUGGAGAGAAGACGUAGGGAAGCGGCGAUAGGGAUAACUACCUCCGGAGAUGGGGAUGGAGACGAAGAAGGGGAGGAGGGUGAGGCGUCGACAGGAUCCCACGCCAGGAGGGAAAUUCGAUUCGCCGAUGACCUGGAGCAAGGGAAUGGUCAUCAGAACGGACGGGGAGCGAUGUGAUGGCAAUUGGAUCAGGCGGUUUGUAUAGAUUGAUGUGGUUUU